UUCUUUGGCACGUAGAGUUAUAAUGUGGUGGCCGGGACGGUCUCUGCCAUGGCUUCAGAACUUUGCAAGACUAUAUCUGAGGCAAAGCUUGAAAGGCACAAGAACUUGUUCUUAAACUACCGAAAUCUGCAUCACUUUCCUCUGGAACUGCUGAAGGAUGAAGGUCUGCAGUACUUGGAGCGACUCUAUAUGAAGAGAAAUUCGUUGACCACUUUGCCAGAAAACCUUGCCCAGAAGCUUCCUAAUCUUGUGGAACUGUAUCUUCAUUCAAACAACAUUGUUGUUGUACCUGAAGCAAUAGGUUCUCUGGUAAAACUGCAGUUCCUGGAUCUGAGCGACAAUGCGCUCGAAAUUGUCUGCCCUGAAAUUGGCCGCUUGCGGUCCUUACGCCAUCUUCGACUGGCUAAUAACCAGCUGAAAUACUUGCCAGCAGAGGUUGGAGACCUCCGAGAGCUGCAGACGUUGGACAUUUCAACCAAUCAUUUAAUAACUCUGCCCGAGAGGCUGCAUAUGUGCCUCUCUCUUCAGUACCUGACUGCUGACCGGAACCAUCUGUGGUGUGUCCCUCGUCACCUCUGCCAGCUCCCCAGUCUCAAUGAGCUAUCCAUGGCUGGAAACCGCCUGGCAUUCUUGCCACUGGAUUUAGGUCGUUCCCGAGAACUGCAGUAUGUUUACGUGGAUAACAACGUUUACUUGAAAGGGCUUCCCUCUUACCUUUAUAAUAAAGUCAUCGGUUGUAGUGGCUGUGGUUCUCCUGUUCAGAAGUCAGAGGUGAAGCUUCUCUCCUUUUCUUCGGGGCAGCUGACUGUUUUUCUCCCAGCAGAGGUGAAGUCGAUCGGGACCCACUUGGACCCCGUCCUGCCCUUGCAAGAGAUGGCCAUGCGGACACUGCAUAACACCUACUGCGGGUUUCUCAAAGAUCUCCAGCUCUUGACUCCAAUCUCGUUACCUAGAAGUCUCUCGGAACUGUUGCGCUGCCCUCUGGGACAUUGCCACCGCUGCAGCCAACCCAUGUUUACAAUUGUCUACCCAAAGCUCUUCCCCUUGAGAGAAACACCGAUGGCUGGAUUGCAUCAGGGGAGGACGAGUGUUAGCUUUGUGGCGUACUGCUGCUCCACCCAAUGUCUGCAGACUUUUGACCUGUUGAGCUGAUAAAAACUGAAAGCAGCUCAGGAGCAUCGCCAGCUUGGAGCUGCCUUCAACUGCAUCUCCUGAUGGUGCUGGAAUACUCCGUUGUCUGUGUUUGUGUGCGCGUGUGCCGAAACGGCAAGGAGGAGUUGCCCAGCUGGGAACACAGAGAGCCACUUAAAUCCUCACCAUAUCGGAUUUGGAUGCAAGGCAGAAGCCCUUUGGGAAGUGUUUGAACGCUCCAGCUUUAGAAAAGGUUAACACCUUCCCGGUCCCCCCUUCCAGGCAGAAUGUACACACGCAAACAUCAGACGGGCAGACAGCCUCUGGAACACCCUAGGAUCCUGGUUGUAUUCACACAAGAUUUCUGUUCAAACCAGGGUCAGCCAUUUGAAUGUGAGAAACUGAUUCAACAAUACAUUUGUAAAACUUGUAAGUUACUUUUUUGUGUGUGUGUGAGAGAGAGAAAUGUUCCUUCUUGGCUAUGUACUGCUACUCACAGGAGAACAGCCAUUUAAGGUAACAGUUUAUUUUUCCUGGCAAGAACACUGCUUUCUUCUUCUUUUUUCAAUUUAGGUUCUAAUAUUUUCUCCCUUUUUCUACAAACCCCCCUCCCCCAACUGACCUUUUGACAGUUGGUGAGGAGUAUAAAUCUUCUUUGGGAAGCUGGGAGUUCACCCUGAAUGGUGGACUCAUUGUCGUCAUGAGUCCACGGCAAGCAGCCACGAAUGUCUCAUUUGGAGGUGAUUCUGGCUUUUCAUCCUGUGGAGGUAAAAAGGAUUUUAAAAACGGCCAUAGGUUGGAUUGGCAAGGCUGCCUACUGAAUUCCGCUUGCUGCGGACUUGCAAAACAUUUACGCAUCAGGCGGAAGCAGACGGUGCUUGUCGUAAGAUGUAAAGGGGUACGGCCUACAGUUGCCGCAGCUUCAAAAUUCCCGUCGAUUUCCAAGAAGCGUCAGUCGAACGUCCUGACCUCAGAGGAGGCCGUAAAAAGGAGAGCAAAACAAAGUCACUUUUUCCCCCCUGAUGUUACUCUUUUUUUAAAAAGCUUGGGAUCGAAAAAGGACGUUGCAGAUAUUCUUCCUGCCCUCUGAGGAUUGCCUCUUGGAAACUUUCCCUUGCACUUAAUAGCACAAAAGCUAGAGAGA